CCUCAAAGACAAAAAUCAAGGUGAACUCAUCCCCCCUGUGCUGCGGUGGACAGUGACAUACCUGAGGGAGAAAGGGCUUCGCACGGAGGGUCUGUUCCGGAGAUCGGCCAGUGCCCAGACUGUCCGCCAGGUGCAGCGGCUGUAUGAUCAAGGGAAGCCAGUGAACUUUGAUGACUACGGGGACAUGCAUGUCCCAGCUGUGAUCCUGAAGACGUUUCUGCGAGAGCUGCCCCAGCCGCUGCUGACCUUCCAAGCCUAUGAGCAGAUUCUUGGGAUCACCAGUGUGGAGAGCAGCCUGCGUGUGACCCACUGCCGCCUGAUCCUGCAGAGCCUCCCUGAGCACAACUACACCGUCCUCCGCUACCUCAUGGGUUUCCUGCAUGAGGUGUCUCAGGAGAGCAUUUCAAACAAGAUGACCAGCUCAAACCUGGCAUGUGUGUUCGGGCUGAACUUGAUCUGGCCGUCACAAGGGGUGGCUUCCCUGAGUGCCCUGGUGCCUCUGAACCUGUUCACGGAGCUGCUGAUUGAGUACUAUGACAAAAUUUUCAGUGCCCAAGAGGCCCCCAGGGAGCACACACAGAACACUGUGGAAAUGGAACAGGCUGGCCCUGUCACCAAAGGAUUCACACAGACAGGCGUGCCCCGGGCCUCACCAUACUUGCCACGCCUCCGCAUCCCCUGACUGGCUGACACCUCAAGUUGGGAUGCCCCCUUGCAAUCUAUGAAUCUGUCCGUUUGUCUUAUGAACUUAUUGUCUAUAAGAAGACGCAGGAAUUAGAUGAACCAGAACUUUUUAGUGAGAAUUUUGUGCUUCUGAUUGUUGGGUCCAUCGUGGUCCUUGGCUAUGGCUAAAGUGAAACAGAUCUAUGAGGGUGAUUGUUUAUCCAAUGUGACUUAAGAGAAAUGUGAAUUUGUGGGCAAGGGGCCCAGAACAUUCACUAUGUGACAGGCAAUCCAACCUAGUGACUCACAGCUUAAAAGGGUUUCCUACUGUGUCCUCAAGUCAUAUUCUCAGUCCACAAGUGAAGACUGGGAGACCCAGGAAAGUAAGAGUACACCCAUGCCCAGAGCCAUGCUGUUGGAAAACACUGUUCCCGAAAUUAACUUUAGCUUACAGGUUACAGUCCCUCAUGAAGGGAGGGCAGAGCAGGAACCCAAGGCAGGAACCUGGAGGCAGCAACUGAGGCAGAGGCCAUGGAGGAGUGCUGCUUACUGGCUUGCUCCUCAUGGCUUAUUCAGCCUGCUUUCUUACAGCACCCAGGAGUACCAGCCCAGGGGUGCCACUGUCUUUAGUGAGCUGAGCGCUCACACUCAAUCAUCAGUCAUGAAGAUGCCCUGUAGUCUGGCUGAAAGGCAAUCUGAUGGAGGCAUUUUUCUCCACUGAGAUUUCUCUUCCCAGAUGACCAUAGCUUGUGUCAGGCUGACAAGAAAUUAACCAGUAUAGCUGUGUCUAAACCCAUGCAGGCUUCUGCUCUGCAACUUUCACAGAGAAGCAAGGAUGAGGGAGGCUCCAGGCUUGCUCUUCCCAUCCAGACAAUAGGUGCUUAUACCCAUCCAUCUCAUGGUGGCUUGAGCUAGAAUUGCAGCCCACCUGCCCCACACUGUCAGCCUUGGCACAUUUGGUCUCCUCUGCCAGAUUCCUGUCUGGGCAUAAAGCAGUGAGAAAGCUGAAUACUCUCCCUAAUAUGGAUGUUUAUCUACUUAUAUCUGCCACUGAACAGUCAUGCUUGUAUGACUGUAUCUCCUGGUUGUACCAAAAUUGCUCAGCAUGUCUAACCCAAGGCUCAGACACAAUCCGCCAUAGCUAUGGACACAGCACAACCCAGAAUGGCAAAGUUGCUUGAAAGUUGUUAGUGAUUGGGGCAGGGAGGGGGGUAACUUAACCCUGCAGUAUUUUCCCCCCUGCGGUUCUUGAGCGUGAGUUUGUAGAUGACAACUUGUCACACCACAGAAAGGUUGGACACUGAUAGAUAUUUGAGAUUAAAAUAAAUAUGUCUCCAUUGGUCA